GUAGGGACCGGUCGGAAGUACCCGGAUGGAGGCGACGCGGUAGGGCUCGGCAGCAGUGGUGGCCAUGGAGCGGGAAGGGGAACAGCUGUCCGCGCGGCCGGCGCUGGAGACUGAGGGACUGCGCUUCCUGCACGUCACAGUGGGCUCCCUGCUGGCCUCCUAUGGUUGGUACAUCCUGUUCAGCUGCAUCCUUCUCUAUGUGGUCUUUCAGAAGCUCUCCGCCAGGCUGAGGUCCUUGAGGCAGAGGCAACUGGACCAAGCUGAAGCGGCUGUGGAACCUGAUGUUGUUGUUAAACGACAAGAGGCUUUAGCAGCUGCUCGUUUAAGAAUGCAAGAAGAACUAAAUGCACAAGUUGAAAAGCAUAAGGAAAAACUAAGACAGCUUGAGGAAGAGAAAAGGAGACAGAAGAUCGAAAUGUGGGACAGCAUGCAAGAAGGCAAAAGUUACAAAAGAAAUGCAAGAAAGCCUCAGGAGGAAGAGAGUCCUGGGCCUUCUACUUCAUCUGUCGUCCCAAAACGGAAGUCUGACAAAAAGCCUUUGCGGGGAGGUGGUAAGCACCAAAUGAUGUCAAACGUUUGGAAUUUUCAGCACUUAUAGGAUGUACUUAACCUUUUAAAAGUUAUAAUCCUUUGACUGGAGAAGGAGGUGGCACCUGCUCCUGGAGACCUGGACGCAGAGGCCCAUCAUCUGGUGGAUGAAACUAAGAUUCUUGUUAGUGUCAUUUUUGACAUUAGCAAGAUAAUCCCUUAGCCCUUGAUUCGAUUGCCUUACGCAUACUUUUCACAGUGACUAGCCCAGGGGAGGUGGGAUUUAUUUGUUAUUAACUAUGCCUGCGUAUUUAAGGGCUUCAGUCAGCAUGGGAUAUAGACAUUGCCACUAGGUCUCACUCCACUGAAAGACAGUCAUUACAGUUGUUGAUUUCAUGAUUAAUUGCUAGUUGGUAGGUAGAAGGCCUCUAACUGAAUAGCAGUCUUGGUGAAAGAGGCCUAGUAAUGAUCUUUUAUGUUAGAAGUCCUUCCUAAUUAAGGACAGUCUCUGUGACAGGUUGCGUUGAAUGAUGUCUUCCUUAUAAAUGGUGAGCCCACCAGUGAGGAUUACUGAUGCAGACGGUUGAUGGGGUUUGUUUCUGUAUAUUUAUUUUUAUGUACAGAACUUUAUAAAAAAAGAAAUUGUAAAUAUUUAAAAAAAAAUGAAUGACAUUUUAGCAUCUUUAUUAAAUUUAAGGAAAUUUCUUUAUGAGGUUGAAUUUGUCCAUUAAACAUUAAGCAGCUUCUUAACA